UCAUUCUCCUGGCGGUCCUGUUCCUCUUCAUCAACAAGAAGCUGUGUUUCGAGAAGAUAGGCGGCCUGCCAUUCUUGGAGCAACAGGGGAAAAGAAAGCACUCGAAAGACCAGACUGGGAUCCGCGAAGGGCUGGCUGAGAAGUUUUGAGAGUGAAAUAUUCACAGCCAUUAAGAGACCUCCAGUUUAAUGUCUCAUCAUGGUCAUUCUGUAGUUCAUAUUAAGUCCACAGCACUGAAGGAAGUCAACAAGUGGACUUUCAGACUUCAGAUCUCUGGCCAUGGUGUUGGCCAUGGCGUCUCAGGAUGCUCACAACUUCUUCCAGCCUCUCUCUUCCUGGAUAUCUCGGGUAUAUGAAGCUCUCCAGCAAGCAGGAGAUGUGUUAUCUGCCUCGUUGGUUAACUUAAGCAAGCAAGACUCUAAAUUGAAUGACAAGCUAGACCAGGACUUAGAUGACAUUCAGAUUCAGGAAACUGACUUUGAGGAUGAAGCACAAAGCAAUGAUGGGAGUCAAGAGGACACGAACUCCUUGUUUCUUGAAGUGGAUCAUUUUUCUUGUUGUAAUAGUGAUUUGCAGGACUCUGCCCAAAAGUCAAGCUCUAGACUUAGCCAACAUGCAAAGGACUCAUGUUCCAUUAUAUCCAAAUGGCCCAAUCAGACCCGUGAUGACCAAAAGCCACCACAUGUGCUUUCUUCUAUUGCUGAGGAAGAACAUUACCUUGAAAAGCAAAGGAGUGACCUUCAACAUGGCUUUGAGAGCCAGCACUCUGGUACUUUAGAAAAUGUUUAUGGAAAAAAGCAAGUUAACAGCUUUGGAGAUGACGAAGAGCUGUGCACAUCUUCUGACACUGACGAGGAAGUGAUCAAACAGUUUGAGAUUUCUGUGUCCCGGUCCCAGAGUUUCCGCACAAGAGCGUCUGAGAAAAGCAAGCAGACAGGAUCGGAGCAGAAGCCAAAAGUCCGCCGCUUGCUCUCCACCAGGGAAGAGGACAGCACCCAGGUGUCUACUGGGGAAGAUUUGGAUGGAAUCAGCCAACUGAAUUGUUCUGAGAGUCUGUCCUGUGGUGACGAUGGUCCCAUCUCUGCCCACUCACAGCCCCCAUGUGAGGUGGGGGGUGCCAGGCACCAUGGAGCAUCUCCCCAAGAGACCAGUGUGGUCCGCAGGCUCAGUCGCCAGUCCACAGAGGGCAGCUUGGAGAUGGAGACCGCUUUUAAUAACCGGGGACUUGAAGACUCCUAUGCCACUGACAGCUCCUCCGCGUGGAGUCCAGAGGAGCAGGAUGGGGCCGAUUUUCAGGUGCCAUCUGGGGUCCCAGAGCCCAUCUCAAAGUGUGGUGAUCUGGAUGUCAUCUUUGAAUAUAGAGCCGCCAGCCAGAAACUCACAGUGACCAUUGUGAGAGCCCAGGGCCUCCCAGAUAAGGACCGGAGUGGCAUCAGUUCCUGGCAGGUCCACGUUGUCCUGCUGCCCAGUAAGAAACAGAGGGGCAGGACGAACAUACAGAAGGGGCCCCACCCUGUCUUCAAGGAGAAGAUCACCUUCGCCAAGCUGGAGCCCCGGGACGUGGCUGCCUGUGCCAUCCGCUUCCGCCUCUAUGCUGCCCGCAAGGUGACGCGUGAGAGGAUGAUGGGAGAGAAGCUGUUCUAUCUCAGCCACCUGCUCCCAGAAGGGGAAAUGAAAGCCACUCUCGUUCUGGAGCCAAGAAGUAACAUCAGUAGUGGAGAUUCUUCGCUCAGCCCAUCUGCCGUUUCUCACAGUGAUAGUGCUUCAUCCACGCAGUCGCUGUCUCAUGGAGGGGCGCCAGAGCUGUUGGUGGGGCUGUCCUACAAUGCCACAACGGGGCGAUUAUCUGUGGAAAUGAUCAAAGGCAGCCAUUUCCGAAACCUCGCUGUGAACAGAGCGCCUGAUACAUAUGGAAAGCUCUUUCUCCUCAAUUCUGUGGGUCAAGAGAUGUCCCGCUGCAAGACAUCCAUUCGACGUGGCCAGCCCAAUCCUGUCUAUAAGGAGACCUUUGUUUUCCAGGUGGCCCUCUUUCAGCUCUCUGAUGUCACGUUGAUGAUUUCGGUUUAUAACAGGCGUACUAUGAAGCGUAAAGAGAUGAUUGGUUGGAUCGCUCUGGGCCAAAACAGUAGUGGGGAGGAAGAACAAGACCAUUGGGAGGAAAUGAAGGAGACCAAAGGCCAGCAGGUCUGCAGGUGGCACACCUUGCUAGAAUCCUAGGUUUGCCAACAGGUUUCCCUAUGCUACAUCCGCCCCGGUCACCCUACUGGUUGACUGCUAACACCGUCUCAGUGUAUCCUGGCAGGCUUUUUAAAGACAGGCUUUCAAACAGGGGUUGGGUUCCCCUAACCCCCGAGGACAUUUUGUGUCGGGGGAGAUGUGGAGGUUGGGCGGAUGGGGAUCUUCGGGUUUCUAAAUGGUUUGAAUUGGAUUUACAUAUUGUAAUUUAAAAAAAAUUUACAUAUACAGUCAACUAUGUGGAAAAUGUUAGCAUCGUUGCAAGCAGUGAAGAUGAGUUAAUUGUGUUAAUAGGUUAUUGAGUUUGGUUCAGGCUGUGGAAUGAAGCUUCUCCUGCUCUCUUUUCUGUUUGCUUGAAGAGUAACCUCAGAUUGCAAGGGAGCUGUUAAAUGUUACUAUUUGUAACCACUUCUGUGUAUGAAUCAGAAUUUUCUUAAUAUGGUGCAAAAAACUCCAAAAUACAGAAAUGAGUCAGACACUGAGGCUCAAAGAAGAAUGCAACUGUCACCCCUAGUCUCCUAUUUCACAAUUUUCUCUUUAUCACCCCCCCAUUUAUUUCCCUAACAAAUACAUAUUAUAAACUUGCACCACAGAUUUGUAUGAAUUAAAUACCUUUUUAUCUCAUAUAUUGUGGUUUCCUACGAGGUUUGGUUAGAUAAAUCAUUUUGAAGCUAAAAAAUAGUUCAAAAACUACUGUUGAAAGACAGCUUGUUUCUUUUGAAUAGGUAAGAUUUCAAACUUACAACUUCCAAGGUUUUUAUGCUUUUUUCUCACCUAAUCAAUCCUUACAGAAUGAGGGGGAAAAACACAAAAAAACCUAUUUAAGUCAUGGAUUUAUUGAUUUUUCUGAGUCUAGUGCUUCCCUUUUACAUUAUACUUUUUCUAUAUGCAAUUAUAUACGCAGACAUGUAUUUUGAGCAUACGCCUGCAUGUAAACCAUACUCUUUUUAUGCCAUAUUUCCAAUCAUUAGAGCAUGGUAAGUUGUAAACAGUGGGUCUUUAAUAAUGUCAACUUGAUUGACUCUUGGAAAUGAACAUGUUAAAAUGCCUGUGAGUGGAGAAAUAUUUUCAGCUUGUAUGGAAUGACACUAAAUUUUUCUUGGAGCAUUUGAAGUGCCGAUAAUUGUCAUUUUUUAUGGCAUUUGCAGCAAAACAUUUUAGUCACUACCUGCAUCUGGGCACGUGCCAUUUGGAACGGUGAUAUUGUGCAGUUUUGAGCAUGAAGUUUUACUUCCAACCGACUUUUACAUAUUUGUGCAGUGCAUGUUUAUUUCGUUUUUCCUAGAUCUGAGCCCUUAAUUUCAGAUACUUUAAAUUGGCAGUAAUAAAAAAGGGAAGGGAUGUGUGUCCAUGUAACACUGUGCCCAUGUGCAGCUCUUCUGAGCAAUUGCUCAGGCUCUUAUUUUUAGCUUUUAUGUUUCACUGUUGACUUUUUGCUGUCUGUGGAAAGAGUGAUAGCUAGUGAUGGAUGUAUACAGUUAAAAACACAUAACUCCUCCUCAGCUCUACAUUUGGACAGAUUGUAAACGUAGGCUGUAACACUUGAAGAACAUAUUUAUUCCUUACAGCCUAUAAUGGUUAUCCUGACAAGACCAGCCCAGGGCGCAGGAUAACCCUACCACGCUUUCAAAUUCCAAGUCUGGAAAGAAGUGCUUUUGUAUGGAAUCAUCAGAAUAAUAUGCAAAAUAAAUUAAUAUCUUUUCUUUUCAGGUCAGGGGAGUUUCGUGUAGAAUGCUGCUCAGUUAAUAAGUAAUAAAGCCAUGCCCCUCUGGGUUUUUACCCCGUCUUCUUUUGGAAGACCUCAAAGUGCUUUUCCAACAUUAUAUCCAUUAACUGCUGAGUGGUCUUUGCAGUGUGGCUGUGUCAUCGAGUAGAACUGAGUGCAAUUGAUUAAGUAGCGGCUCAAAGAAUUGGCUUUUCACAUCUCUUACUCUCUUUAUGUGCCUGUGUUUAAAGGGAAGUAGAGCAGCCUUGUUAUGCCUUCCUUUAUGCAGGAGCAUAAAAGCAGCAUUCACUUGACAAUUUACAUUUGAAAAAAUCUGCAUAUAUUGUGCAGACCGUCCUGGAUCUCUUCCCCCCUCCUAUUUUCCCUCCGUAUGUUUCGCUGCAUCCCUCACCUUGUAGUGCCCAAUAAUCACCUCCACUUCCCUUUCUGCUGCCUUGACCCACCCAUUUUUAAGGUUUUCUGCUGGUGCAGUGAAGAUAUCUUUUUAUGUUUGAUCUGCUUUCCAAUAGUCUGCCUUUGACAGUUACAGGAAUGUGCAGCAUCUUAAGGGAAGGGAUGCCUGAAAAGCACUUUUUUAUUUUUAUAAUUUUACAAUAUUGGUGCUACUCACCAUGUGGGAUGUAUGUGUAUCUUGAAUAUACAGCAACAUCCACCCUAAAGCUGAUGUAUAAAUAUAAAAUGCUAAUGACACGAUACAUUAAAAUCUGUGGCUGGAAUUUUUUUUACAUUGAUUUGAAAUUCUGGUUUAGUAAGAUCUUUUCGAUUUUGUGCAUUUAAACUCCCUUAUUUUUUUGGCAGUCUAGACACGAUGCAUUUAACAUGUUUUUCACUCCAGCUUUUAUGUCUACAUUUGCUUUUCAAAAGAGUUAUGAAAGAUAAUUAGUUGGUUCUGAAGUAAAAAAGCUGCUUUUACGUAUUUUAUCUGGCUCAUAAUUAAUAUCUCACAGGGACAUUUGAAGUUGAGGAAGCACCAGUGUUUGCUGCAUGAGUAGUUCUCUCCAUGAUUUUUCCUGAAGAGGUGCUUUUUCAAUAAGAUUGUUGAGAGAAAUUGAUUCACCGGACUUAUGGAAAUCGGCUUUCUAGUGUGCCUUCUUGCAGCGCAUGGGUUUAUACUGGAUCACGAAGGGCUGGUUUUACCCGUCGCCCCUCUGACACUGUUGGGUCUGUGAAUGGGCCAUUCACAGGCAGCUGCGCACCUGCUCGCUCCCCUCCCCCUCCCUGGGGCCCAGUGCGCUGCGCAGUUGUUUGGGACCUGCUUUGGCUGAUGUUGCGUAACUGUGAGGGGAGGCCUCACCGCAAUGCCUUCUGAUGUAUUGCACUCAGCAUUCUAUCUGCACAGAGUUUGAGAAAGAAUCCUCCUUGUGAUUUCAAGGGGAAAGAGAGUUUGGUACUGCAUUGCCACUUGUUCACUCUGCUAUUCCCCCAAAGACAAUAAUCGACCCCAAAUGUUGAGAUCCGCCAUAGUGCCGGGUGCUACAGGUGGCUCGCACAGUAUUUUACAAAUUGUUGACACCUCUCAGUCAGGAACUGUGCUUUAUGUCCUGACUGCACAAGAUGGUCUUAUCUGAGAAUGAAAACUUUUCUUUUCAAAUAAGCAUUGUGUAAGUUGAAGUGACUAUCAGGUUGCUUCAGAGUGCUUCUCUGGUAGCCAAUGGAUUGAUUAAAUGGGUGGUUCAUUGUGGACUUUGAAUUAUCAGUUUCCCCAAAGCAUGGCUGUCCUUUUGCAGCCGAGGACUUAGUACAUUAAGAUCAGAGAGCUGAGUAGAAAAGGGUUAUUCGUAGGUGACAUAAAACCAAAUGAAGGCAUAUUCUUUCAUGAUAAAGAUUCAUGCAGCAGCAUCUCUUACCUUUGAGGAAAGUGUGGCUAAAGAACACACAUUCCAUUCUAUAUGAGUCAUAAUAAAAGCAACUGAUAGAUAAUCCUGAACUGGCAAAAGUAUUUUGCCUUAAGAUAGUCAUUCUUUUAUUCCAAAGAAAAAAGCUAUGCAAGCUAUAAAAAAACAAACAAUCGUAUAGCAUGCGUAUGGAAGAAUUGACGAAUAAAUAAAUAAGCUGGGUAACUUCAGCAUCUCCCAGCAUAUAUUCAAGAAGAGUAAACUAAGAAUCCAAAGGAUGUUUCAGGCUAACUAGCUAUCACUUUUCACAUCUCGUGGAACUCUGGAAAAUACUUAAAGAUGAGACGGGUCUAACACACUCAGAGAGGUUGGUAGGCUGUGGUUUUAGCCUGGGUUUGGGUGGAACUCUAACAACUGUGCAGCCUUAAGAAAAUUACUUAUCCGGCCUGUGUCCCUUUUUCUUCAACUGGAAAAUGGAAAUAACAUCUACCUCAUAAAGGUUUUAAAGAGACAUUCAAGAAACAACAGCAUAGAGCCUGGCAGAGAGUACACAGUCCAUAUUUCCCUCUCAUAAUCAUGCUUUAAAAAGAAAAAGAGGUAUUUAAGGUUUGUUUCCAUUUCUAAUGAAAGUAAUGAUAACAUUAGAGGAAAGUUUAAAAAGGAUAGGCUCAUGGAGCUAGUCUGGAUUUGUAAAGAAAGAAGUCUUCUUAGGACAACCUAAGAAGAGAUACGCCUUUUAUAUGGAGGAUAUUGAGUCUUAAUAAGUCCCUGUGAGGUAUAAUAACCAAAUCUUUGUUUAUUUGCCCCCUCCUUAGUUUCGAGGAGAUGCAAAACUUGAGUGCUUGUAUGCCCAUCUUAGUAACUCACACAGAAGGCCUCUCCUCAUCACCAGCUCUGCUCUCUUAUUUGUACCUGGGUAGAGCACCUUGUCAUCAUCCGAAGAGUUGGUGAAGAGGGCAACCUGAGGACAUAUUCCAACUGUGAUCUGAAAACCUAAGGUAAAAGGUGUGGCGCUGUACUCACACCCUUCUUAAAACAGACAACACUUUUUUGGGGGCUGAUAUUAUACAUCCAUACUAUAGCCGAUACAGACAAAAAUUUUAAACGAUCUAAUAAUGCAACUACCAAAACUUAUAUCAAGCUGGUUGGACUGGAAAAUUCUGUUCAGG